AUCGUAUCUGGGUUCUCGAAUUUUCGCCCCCACCUUUUCGUACGUUUUCAAACCCCUAUUCGUUCUAUCUCCUCGUUGAUUUCUUGAAUUCAAAUGAUUUGAGGUACGAUUAGCCUUUUGGUGUACAAUACAAAGCCAAUUUGCAGAAGGUACAAAACCGAGAGUUUCAUAACAGUGCACACAGCAAAAUGAUGAGGCUGCAGACAUAUGCUGGACUCAGUGUGGUUGCCACACUGGCUGUCAUUUAUCAUGCCUUCAGUAGUAGAGGGCAGUUCUACCCGGCAACAGUUUAUUUAUCUACCUCCAAAGUCUGUUUAGUGCUUCUUCUCAACAUGGGUUUGGUGAUCAUGUGCAUUAUGUGGCAGCUGACAAAACGAAUUUUUCUUGGUUCUCUUCGAGAAGCAGAGGUUGAGAGACUGAAUGAGCAAUCAUGGCGAGAAGUCAUGGAAAUACUUUUUGCCAUCACUAUAUUCCGGCAGGACUUCUCUGUUAUGUUUCUUGCUAUGGUUACUGCUCUUUUACUUAUCAAGUCGUUGCAUUGGUUGGCUCAAAAGAGAGUUGAAUACAUUGAAACAACUCCAACUGUGCCAAUGUUGUCUCACAUCCGGAUUGUUUCUUUCAUGGGAUUUCUUCUCCUUGUUGACUGUCUUUUCUUGUAUAACUCGGUGAAGUACUUGAUACAAACCCGGGUAGCAUCGGUUUCCCUUUUCUUUUCAUUCGAGUACAUGAUAUUGGCAACAACGACUAUAUCAACGUUUGUCAAAUAUGUUUUCUAUGUCAGUGACAUGCUUAUGGAAGGACAGUGGGAAAAAAAAGCUGUGUACACGUUCUAUUUGGAGCUUAUCCGUGACUUGCUGCACUUAUCUAUGUAUCUAUGCUUUUUCCUCGUAAUCUUUGUGAACUAUGGUGUGCCUCUGCACUUGAUCCGGGAGCUAUAUGAGACAUUCCGAAACUUUAAGCUGCGAAUUGCUGAUUACGUCCGUUAUCGGAAGAUCACAUCAAAUAUGAAUGACCGCUUUCCAGAUGCAACACCUGAAGAGUUGAAUGCAAGUGAUGCAACCUGCAUUAUCUGUAGAGAGGAGAUGACUACCGCAAAAAGACUAGUCUGUGGGCAUCUUUUUCAUGUGCACUGCCUCCGGUCAUGGUUAGAGCGACAGCACACAUGUCCUAUUUGCAGAGCGCUCGUUAUACCAAAUGAGAGUGGGACAAGUGCAUCACGAUCACGAGCAGGAGUUCAUCGUCAAGGAGCAAAUUCAGCAAACACAUCGUCUCAAGAUCAAAAUGGUGAUGGUGCAGGAAGUGGGAAUAUCAGUCGGCAUCAGAAGAGAGUCCAAGCUGCAGCAGCAGCUGCUUCUAUAUAUCAGAAAUCUUUUGUUUACCCUUCUCCAAGUACUUUAACAUGGUCAUCUGGAUAUGCUGUACUUCCCAACAAAUCCACACAUGGCACCGACGUCAAUAAUGCAGCUUCUUCUGGCGAACAUGGGAAUUCAAUCCCGAACAAUCCUGCAAACUUUCCAUCUUUUCAGUUCCCACAGCCCUAUUUUAUACCAGUUGAUGCUCCGAGUGUGAGUCCUAACCAUGAAGAUGGAUGGAGCACCAACCUGCAGAUGUCCGUCUCUCAACUGGAAGCCCAGAAAAAAAUAAUUCAGCACCAGAUUGAGGUGCUGCAAAAUCAGCUUGAAAGCUUACAGAAGCCUGCAUCCAACAAAACCUCAGUUGCAGAAAGCAGCAGUGGCGGUGGUGGUGGCAGUGGCAGCUGGGAGGCGGGUCUGAAUACGACCGCCCCUGAUAGCAAAGGGAAGGCAGUUUUAUCGUCGGAUGGUGAGCAACAUCAAAAGGAGGUGGCCGACGACACAAACGUGGCGGCGUUGUAGAUGAAGUGUUUCUGUGGAUAUUUUUAUAGAGGGACAAUAGUGUUUUGCAUUAUCAGAUUUUAAUUGUAUGUAGGAGGACUUGUUUCUCAAACUUCCCUUGAAUACCUGAAACAAAUUUGCAGAAUACUAGAAUUAAUAUUUGUCAAAGUGAAAAAAAGCCAUAUGAUAAUGCAAAUUUAGCUUGUGUUAUUAUUAUUUUUAGUUAUU